CCCCUUUUUUUUUUUCGCGACUUUUCUUCCUCUGGUUCUUCUCCCUGCAGUUCGCCGGUGUGCAGAUCGGAGGAGGGCUGGGCUGUUGCAGAUCACGGCCUGGGCUGCUGGGCAGGGCGGAGGGCUGCUGGGCUAUGCGGAGGAGGGCUUGCUGCUGCAGUUUUGCCGGUGGUAUGGGUGCAGGGAAGCAGGCGGUGUGCUGAUCGGAGGAGGGCUGGGGCAGCAGUGGUGCGCGGGUUGCAGGAUGCAGGGAGGCUGGGCUGCUGGUGUAGUUCGACGUGGGCACGGGGGCGCUGCUGUUAGUCGGCCUCUCCUUUUUUUUUUUUUGCUUUUUUUUUUUUUUUUUUUUUUUGUUUUGGGUUGGCGGCAGUGAAGAAGUUCUAGGGUUUUUUCUUCUGAAGCUAGGGUUAGAACUCGUGCUGAUAACGUGUUGUAGGAGAAUAAAAUUGUGUUUAUUAUUGAUAAUAGGAGCCCUUUAAAUAGGGAGUUACAAGGUACCAAAAAGGUAAUAGAAUCCGAUUACAAUUGAAUACCUAGAACACAUUCCUAUUACAACUCUAAACCCUAGUUUGUAGAGGCACACAUUAUGUCGAUAUCCUUCAACAUAUGAAACUUUCUUUGGUUCCUUUCUCAAGUCACUCAAGGUCAAUAAUUAAAACCCAGGAUUCGAUUCUCAUAUGAUUCUCAGAAGAAUAUCAAGCUAAGAAAAUAAGCAAAAGAAUGUCUUGGGGUCUCUUGGUUUUGCUGUUGCUGGUGAAUUCAGCCCUGGCCAAUGGAAGAGGGGACAGAUGUCAAAAAACCCAACAACACAGAGUUGCAAGAAUAGGAGCUGUAGUUGAUUUCACUUCUCGUGUGGGCAAAGAACAGAGAAUAGCCAUGGAUUUGGCUAUCCAAGACCUUCUUCACUCGAGCUGCCUUACAGUAAACUUAGACCUCAGAGAUUCACAAGGCAAUUCAGCUAAAUCAACUGCUGCUGUAAUCAAUCUACUUAAUGUCAAACAAGUUGAAGCCAUCAUCGGAACACUGACAAAGCAAGAAGCUGCUCUGGUCUCCGAGAUUGACAAUCGCAGCCAGAAUUUCACCAUCAUAUCGCUUCCUUCCACUGCCAUAAAUCCACCAUCAGCCUCACUUCAACUGCCAAAUUUUCUCCAAGCAGCAAAUGACAUUGUUAUCCAUAUGCAAUGCUUGGCAGCCUUAGUUGGUCAUUUCCAAUGGAGAAAGGUGACUGCAAUUUAUGAACAAAACAUUGACUUUUCCUCCAAUUCUGGAAUGAUAACCCUCCUCUCUGAUUCACUUAAAUUAGUCAACUCAGAGAUUGAACACCACCAAGCUUUCCCAACCCGCUCUUCUCUCUUCUAUCCGGAUGCCUUUUUUGAUGAAGAGCUGAAGAAGUUGAGGAGCAAGAGCAACAGGGUUUUCAUAGUUACCCAGUUCUCUUUAAAUACAGCAGUUUUUCUCUUUGAAAAGGCAAAGGAAAGGGGGAUGAUGGGCAAAGGCUAUGUGUGGAUUGUCACAGAUGAAAUUGCAAGCCUUCUUGACUCUGUUGACUCUUCUAUCAAGUACAACAUGCAAGGUGUGAUUGGUAUCAAAACCAACUUCAUCGAAACAACCCACAAUUUCACCAAGUUCAAAACCAGGUUCCGCAGACUGUAUGGACUGCAAUACCCUGAAGAAGAAGAAAACUCUAGUCCAAGCAUCUUUGCUCUUCGAACUUAUGACGCAAUGCACGCCAUUGCUCUAGCCAUGAAAAAUGCUACUUCAAAACAUUUGUCUCAAGAAAUUGUGUCCACCGAAUUCCAAGGUCUAAGUGGCAUGAUGGAGUUCAAAAAUGGCAUGCUAUCACAACAACCAACCUUUCAAAUCAUUAAUGUGUUUGGCAGAAGCUACAGUGAGAUUGCAUUCUGGUCACCAAGCUUUGGUUUCUCAGAGGACAUGAACAAACACCUUGAUAUGAAGGAGAGGACUAACCACAAUUAUGUUCAAGUUUUGGGUCCAAUCAACUGGCCAGGUGGCUUACAAGCAGCUCCAAAGGGGUGGACUCUUGUUGAUGGAGAGAGACCGUUGAAGAUAGGGAUUCCGGCGAGGGGUGCCUUCAAUCAAUUUGUGAAAGUCACAUAUGACCAGGACAAGAAGCAGACACACAUCUCAGGGUUUUCAAUUGAUAUCUUUGAAGCAGCUGUCAAAAACCUGCCUUAUCAGUUCUCUUAUGUGUAUGUUCCCUUCAAUGGCUCAUAUGAUGAAUUGGUGGAACAGGUCUACUACAAGGGCUUGGAUGCAGCUGUUGGUGAUAUAGAAGUCAUAGCUGACCGGUAUCAUUAUGUUGAGUUCUCACAACCAUAUAUAAGCUCUGGACUUCAGAUGGUAGUCACUGUAAAGCCAGAUAAGCUGAAGGAAAAAUGGAUGUUCAUGAAUGCCUUCAGCAAAAGCAUGUGGUUGCUCAUGAUCACUACACACCUUUCUGUAUGCUUUGUUGUCUGGUUUAUUGAAUGCGAACAUGGGCAAAACUUUGAAUUAGAGGGCAUUGGGGCCAUCCUGUGGUUCUCUGUCACCGUCUUAUUCUUCGUGCAAAGAGAACGAGUUCAGAGUAAUUGGGCAAGGCUGGUGCUAGCUCCAUGGUUAGUAGUGAUUCUAGUAGUAACAGCCACUUUCACAGCGAGCCUCACUUCCAUGAUGACCAUCUCUCGAGUCCAGCCAUCUGUGCUCAAUGUUGAAACACUUAAGGAAGAAAAUGGAACUGUUGGAUGUAAUGGAAACUCUUUUAUAGUAAGGUACCUGAUCGAUGUUCUAGAGUUCAGACCAGAAAACAUCAAGAGAAUUUCCUCCAUAAGUGACUACCCAAAGGCCUUCCAGAAUGGAGAUAUUCAAGCAGCUUUCUUCGUCGCCCCCCAUGCUAAAGUCUUUCUCGCAUGUUACUGCAAGGGCUAUACGAAAGCAGGUCCUAUAUACAAGCCUAGCGGCUUUGCAUUUGUUUUUCCGAAGGGAUCUCCCCUGGCCAUUGACCUGUCAAAGGCAAUCCUAGAUGUAAACGAGAGGAAGCAAGUGGAGCUAUUAGAAAAACAAAUGCUCUCCUCCUUUAACUGCUCCCCUUCACUCAACUUGAACGAUGGUCCAAUAGGUUAUGAGCCCUUUUCCGGCCUAUUUCUAAUUUCAGGUUUGGUUUGUGCAUUUGCUCUAUUGGUUACGAGUGGGCGUAUCGCCGGUAGACAUCUGCAGAAUAUGAGCUGCAUACGAGCAAUACUAAUGAAAACAGGAAUUCUAAGAUGGGCUUUUAUGUACUUGAUUCAGAGCUGCAGAAAAUCUCAAAAGCAUUGCUCCACAACCUCCAUCCUGGAAACUUGCUCUACAAGGAACAUGAGCAGUGGUGGUGAUAUAGUGAUUAUCACGCACCAGUAAGAUUAGUUUACAGAGUUUUAUUGUAAGCUCUCAAGAUUUAAUUCUUAUCUGACAAAUUGUAAAAACGGAGAUGUAACUUUUUACAUGUUAUAGAUUGAAUGAAAUGUAUAGUUGACGAAAUUCCACUUGAGGUUCAGUGGAAAUUUGUGAGCACUGUUAGUGAAGUCCCUUGUACUAAGUCCUUAUUGAUUAUAUGUACGUUCUACAUUUUAUAGAA